GUCCAUUCGUCGGCAGUAGCAGGAAGAGAGAAGGAACGAACUGGGCAUUGGAAAAUCGGCGAGGCAUUGCUAAACGCUCUGGAACAAAAUGUGACCCAAAACGGAGGAGUUCCUGAGGCAGGGACUAAGAACAUGCAGCAGAUGGACACCAUAUGAUGGCUCCCAAUCUAAGAAGGCCACUUUGUUAGACCUUUGACUGCAUUUCUGAACACGAAGCAGUGAUGAUAGCAGAGCCAGAAUUAUCCAGCAAGGCCUCCCUCCAAAAAGAGAAUGAGAGCCACUUGGAGCCUGACAAUGAUCUGGAAAAUCAGAGGAGAGGAAGUGGAGGUUCCAUAUCGUCGUGGAAAAGGAGAAGGAGGAGCCAGUCUGAGAAAAGCAGAAGGAGAGCGUCAGUGUGUUCCCGCCAGGACCGCAGGAAUGGACACAGGCAGAGGAGUGAUGACAUUGAGGCUGUCACACUGUUUGAGGUGGUCAGGAUGGGAAAGAGCGCAAUGCAGGAGACAGGCUUACAAUACAAGAAGUUCAUGGUCUACCCCUGGAUCUUGAAUGUUACCUGGCCACUGGACCUGGACAGUGGAGAUUACCCCCUUACGAUGUCAGGCCCCUAUUGGAAGAAAUUCAAGUCCAAUUUCUGUGAGUUUCUCUCUCUGCUGAUUCAGCACUGCCAGUACACUAUCAUACAUGAUGAAUAUCUAAUGGAUACAGUGAUCUCCCUGUUGACGGGGCUCUCAGACUCCCAAGUGCGAGCCUUCCGGCACACCAGCACACUUGCAGCUAUGAAACUCAUGACAGCCUUAAUCAACGUGACUCUGAGUUUGAGAGUCCAGUUGCAAAACUCUCAGCGACAGUGUGAAGUUGAGAUGUUUGACAAACGACCCAGUAGGAGGCUGGAAACGUUCUUGCAGAAGAAAAACGAGAUUAUAGCAAAGCAGGAAAACAUUGAAAAUCUGAUGAAUGCAAUUUUCAAAGGAAUCUUCCUUCAUAGAUACCGUGAUGCAUUACCUGAGAUCAGAGCUAUUUGUAUUGAAGAAAUAGGAAUCUGGAUGAAAAGCUGCAGUGAUCGCUUCCUGACUGACAGCUACUUGAAAUAUGUAGGAUGGACUUUGCAUGAUAAACAAAGUGACGUGAGAUUGAAAUGCCUGAUUGGUUUACUGGGCCUAUACUCUGACAAAGAGCUUUGUUCAAAGAUGGAUCUUUUUACCUGUCGAUUCAAGGAUAGAAUAACAUCAAUGACACUGGACAAAGAAAGUGAAGUGGCUGUCCAAGCAAUCAAGGUGUUAACUCUCAUGCUGCAGAACUGCGAGGAGUUUUUAACUUCGCAGGACUGUGAACAAUUAUAUCAGUUGGUUUAUUCAGCACAAAGGCCUGUGGCUUUGGCAGCUGGUGAAUUCUUGCAUAAAAAACCUCUGAUGGAACGUAUGGAUGGAGGCCAAUUUGGUGACACAGAAUCUUACCAGAUGUGGUGUGCUUUGAAAAGAAUCACGACCUUCCACAAUGCUCAUGAUAUAACUCGAUGGAACCUGUUAAACAGCACCUGUAAACUGCUGAAGAGGGCCUUGGAGAAUGGAAAUGUACCUGACCAGAUUAUCGUUCAGGCAAUCCUCUGCAGUUAUUAUUAUGUCAUGUGGCAGCUGUCAAAAGUGUCUGAAAGCAACACCUCCAAGAGCAUGAAGGUGUCGCUGAGGAAGCAGAUGAGGGGUUUCUGCCACAUUUGCAGACAGUUCCUAAAUAAUCCCAGCAGCACCGUCAAAGAGCAGGCCUUCGUCAUUCUGUGUGAUCUCCUGUUGGUUUUCAGCCACGAGGAACCACCCAGUGGCUCUGAAAUGGUCGAGCCAUUUGCGUACAUCCCAGAGCUGUCCUUGCAGACGGAGCUUGUGACCUUCGUCCUGGAUCAUGUUUUUAUAGCCCAAGACAACGAACACCCUGACAACGAUGAGGAAUGCAAAGUGGGUAGACUGCACAAGAGGAGAAAUCUCCUGGCUGCUUUCUGUAAACUAAUCGUGUUCAGUGUGGUGGAGAUGGACAUUGCUGCUGACAUCUUCAAACAGUACAUCAAGUAUUACAUUGACUAUGGAGACAUCAUUAAGGAAACACUCAGCAGGACCAGGCAGAUUGAUAGAAUUCAGUGUGCAAAGACCUUAAUACAGAGCUUGAAGCAGCUGUUUAAUGAGCUGUUGCAAGGCCAGGGUUCCAGUUUGGACAGAUGGUCCCAACCAUUCACCAGCAUCAAGGACUUGGCCCGACGUUUCUCGCUGACCUUUGGCUUGGAUCAGUUGAAAACAAGGGAAGCGAUGGCAAUGCUGCACAAGAAUGGUAUCGAGUUUGCCUUCAAAGACGACAGUACCAACAGCAAGGGGCAGCCUCCUCCAAACAUGGCUUUUCUGGACAUCUUGAGCGAGUUUUCCCCCAAAUUGUUGAAAACAGACAAAAGAACUGUGUACAAUUACCUGGAGAGGUUUGUAACAGAUCAGAUGGCAGCAGAGAGUGGAGAGGAGUGGCUUCCACUGAUUUUGUACAGAAGGUCUUUGUUGGAUUGUAGAGAUGAUGACACUGUAUCCACAAGCAGCAGUGACCAGAGUGCACUGACUCCAGUACAACCACAAUUCAAACCAUCAUCUCUAAAAAGGAGGCUGAAAAUUGAGGACAGUAAUGGUCAUGCAGGACUGAAUGAGGAGGAGAAUGUGAAGAUCUCACCUCAUUCCCUGAUGGGACCACGAGAAGAUGAGAAGCAAAGGGAGAGCUGCACAAAGGAGCAUUCAAUGGAAACGGUUGGGAUGCAGUCACUUAGCAGUGAGUAUGGGACCACAACAUUGGGGAACACAGACGAACUGGAAGAAGGUGUUACAGCAAAAUUAGCCGAGGGUGACCUUGAUGACUUGAAUGAAAUAUUGGAUAUCGACAACGAUUGACACAAACUUGGAUCCAAUCAAAUGAAUUAUUUCAAGGCAUCGGAAGACUUUCUGCACAGAUCCUUCUCAUCACAAAAAUUCAGAGUAUUUUGUAAGCUCUUCCAAGAACAUAAAAUAAAAACAAUAUAAGCCAGUAUCCAGGAAGAAAACAAAAGAAGCUUACUACGCAGAGUGCCAGCUGAAAAGCAGGAAGAGUACACCAUUCCUGGCCAAUGCUAGUUUUUUUUUUGAGGACUUAUUAUUUUCUGCAGCUUGUGGAACAAGGAGUUAUUUUUCCCUCAAGAACAAGUUUGAAAAUGUCUUGAUGCAUUGCAUAACAAGAGAAAAUGCUGGGAACAUUCAACAGGUCAGGCAACAUCGAUGAGAGACAAGUAGAGUUAAGUCUUCAGAUCAAUGAUCCACUCUCUGAAUAGAACAUCCUCAUUUUCCUAUUGGAUACAUGUAAUGUGUAGCUGACUAUUGAAUUAUCCAGACCAGGUUAGUUUUGGGUUUGAUCGCUGGCCUGUUCCGAGUUACUGGAUCACAACAGUAUGUAAGCAACAGCCAGCAUUGAAUACUCACAGAUAUUCACUCUCCAGUAUUAUGUGUGAACAAUGGUGACUGGAGUCAAGAAAUGGAGGACCAUCAAACUCGAAGUCAUGUUUCCUAACAUUUGAGGGUAGUGAAAAAGGGAACUAUCGUUUGCAAUUCAAUGAAAUGUUGAAGCCUAGUUAAGUAUUUUAUUAAGAGUUUACAAAUCACAAACUCCAUCUGUGGGGGAAAAUGUGAUUACACUCAUUCCAAAUGCUGGCAGAUAAUAUUAAAAUUAUAACUGCUUGUUUUCUAUAAGCUACAUAUUUUUAACAUAAGUCUAGUAGGGCAACUAUAAUGAAACAUGUUAAUAUGUGCUCCAGGAUUUAUCAAUCAACUCGAUGAAAGUUAAACACGGAUUAGAAAAUACAAGGGGGUCUCAUGGUGUAGUGUCAUGUUCCUACAUCUGAGCCUGGAGGCCCGGACUCAAAUCCCACCUGCUCCAGAGAUGUGCAGAGUCAUUGGGUCAUAGAGAUGUACAGCACAGAAAGAGACCAUUUGGUUCAACUCAU